GUGCCUGUAUAUUUAUCAUGACUUAAAAAAUGUUACUGUAUAGCCUUUUUAAUGUUAUUUAAUUUAAGACAUGAAUUUUGUUGAUUAUUUACAAAAGAAGAAAUAUUAUGUGAAUAAAAAUGUGAAUUUAUUAGCAACCAUUAGGGAUGAUGAUUUUAGAGCUUGGACUUCCGAAGAUAAAAUUUUGCUAUUAAUGAAUUGGGGAACUUUCAUUAAUGAACAGUCAUCAACAUAUAGCUUAUAUUACAAGAAUUUUAUAUAUCCACCUAUCUUUUAUGACAAAAUUACUUGUGAUUUUAUUUAUUUUGAUCACGUAUUAGAACAUAAUAUAAUUUAUGACAAAUUAAAACACAUUGACAUGCUAAAGUUAAUCAAUAUAUUUCAAAAUGAGACUAAUAUGUAUUUGAGAUUAGGUUAUAAUCUGCAAAAAUGUUCUAUGUCAUUAUGUGAUAAAUCAUUACUAAUAAUAGCAAAUACUUCACUUAAAGAAGGAAAUAUAACUAGUGCUGAGGCCAAAUAUAUAUUUGAAAUGACUGGCAUCUUGGGUAAUCAAUGGCCUUUAAUCAGUGCAGCCUUAAGAAGACCUGCACUUCUUGUUAAAAACUUUUACAAAAAUUCUUUGCAAUUUUUACCCUAUGAUACACUCUCUCAAUCUAUUACUUUGCUGAACAAGAGUGAUAUGUUGGCAGGAAGGGAACAUCCUGAAGCACAAUUAGCAAUAGCUGGUAUGUCUUCUAAUAAACUUUCGUUAUCAACUCAAACAUCACAAUUGUCAUAUCCAGAAAUUAUCUGUACAACAUCUAAUAGUAAUGAAAGAUCCUCAAUAGAAGAAGCUGAAAACACUACCUUAAAAACUAUUAAGAAGAAUAGUAAGAAAGGAACCGCAAAGCUUCAAAACAUAUUAAAAUAUCAAACAUCUAUUGAAAGUACAAUCGAGAAAGUUUCUAAUCCUAGCUCCCAAUCCUUUGAAACAUGCAGCGGCCAUAAUUCUAUAAAAUUGACCCCCAAAAGCGAAUAUCGCGACGAUGUCACACCCAUUAAAAUAAUCCGGCAAGAUGCUGAUAAUUAUUGGGGGCGGGCGACUGAAAAACGAAUGCUUUACUGUAUAGAAUCCUAUUUCACGAAUUGCAUGUCUUUAAAUGUUCACGAACUGUCACAGAAGAUAGGCAUAGAUCAGUUGGAUUCUCUCCUUAAAAAUCUCACUCUCCCUUGGGUCGAAGUUAUGCGUUAUUUAGAUAGUAAAGAGGGAAGCUAUCAGGAGUUACUUACAAAAAACUCUAUCGAACUCGAACAUUAUUGGGUUAAUGUCUUAAGGGAGAAAUAUAUAAGCAAAUUGCAGCAAAACAACACAAACACCGAUAGCAUUCCACAUUCCACAACUUCGAAGGUACAGAUCCCAAGUAUUGAUAUCUUAAAGGACAAAAACUGCCACGGAACUCCUACGUCAAAAAGGAUUCAAAUUGAAAUAAGUGAUAUCCAGUGUGACAACCUUGAAAGCUGCGAUAAAACUUUGAAAAUGACUCAAGCCAAAAGAUCCUGGCUGAAUACACCCAACCCUCCAAAUACAGAGGAUCCCAGUAAAAGUAAUCAACGUACUAGACCCUCCCUAUUUAAAUAUGCUGCAAUUAAAUUUCGCUUAAUUAACAUUUUACAAAGUGUUGGUAAGGAACGAUCAAUAAAAUACGAUUCCAAGAUAGAUUGGCCUAUAAUUAGUGAUUUAUUUGAUGCCCCAACCUACGCCAGCCCUGAAUAUCUAAGCAAAUGUUAUUCUAAAAUGAAAUAUCGGCAUUUACCUUUCUCCGGAAAGGACCUACUUUUUCCUGAUAUCAUUAAAAACCUACGCUCCAUAUAUCUUAGCAAGCUAAGGGAGUUAUCCGCCAAUAUAGAUUAUGAUGCACAAUGUCUUCUUCAAUUAUCCUCUUCGACUCAUUUACAUUUUAGCACCCCUUUUAGACGUCGUAAAAAAGUGGAAAAUCAAUCUAGAUCUCAUAUUCAAGUAUUGGAAACUCCCAAACCAAUUAUUCCGAUCAUCACGUUGGAAGAUCAUAAGAAUUGAAUAUCAGAAUUAUUUACGAUUUUUUACUCGACUUUAUUUUUAUUAGUAAAUCCAUAAGUGAAUGAUAAUUUUAUAUACUGAUAUAUGACUUUUACCAAUUGAAAAAACUUUUGACUUUAAA